AUGCCAAUAUCUGUGAAAAUGCUUCGUCUAAAACGUUAUUUAUGUUUAUUAUUUUACUUUUCUAUAUUUGCUUGCACACUUGUGUUCAUUGGGAUGAAAAUGCUCCAGAAAAAUGAAUUGAAAUCUGAAAUUUUAAAAAGUGAACAAAAGAGCUAUUCUCAAAAUCUUCAAGGUGUAAUCAGCCAGUCAGUUGAAAUUGCUAAAGAUAUUAUGAAAAAACAUAAUUUAGUUUUAUUUACUCUUAUUAACAAUGCUUAUUUACCUUUUGUCUAUAGUUGGUUGUGUAACACUAUUAAUAUGGGUAUCCAUGAGCAAAUUCUCUUUAUUACUACAGAUGCUAUAUCAAAACAACAAUUUGAGAAGGAUUGGCCUAAUGUCAAAGUUGUUGUGUUGCCCGAGACUUCACUAAAUGGUAAUCAAACUUAUAGUAAAGUUGGUUAUGUAAAACUAAUGGUGAAACGUACAGAAAUUUUAAAUUCUUUAUUGCAGAAUGAUAUUGAAAUUCUUUUAUUUGAAGUUGACUGUCUUUGGGUUUCUAAUCCUAUUGAUGAAUGCAAAAAAAUAGCAUUGGAAAAUGAUAUGAUAGUUACAUGUAUUGCUGGCAGAAAAAGAUCUAUUGCUGGAGGUUUCAUAUAUAUGAAGCCUACAAACGCUGUGAAAACUCUCUGGCAAGAACUGAAUUCAAAGAUGAGACGUCUUGGCAAAGAAAUUGAUGGAAAAGAUGAUAAUAAACUUAUAUCUCGAAGUAAAAAUGACCAGGUAUUCUUUACGGGACUUAUUCGGAAUAGAUUUGGUGGAAUAAAAUAUGAAGUUCUUCCAUGGGACAGAUAUAUUGAUGGAAAAUGGUAUGAAAUGAAAUUAGAAGAUCGUCAGAAGAAACAUGUUGUUAUUAUUAACAAUAACUGGGUAGUUGGAAAUGCAAAAAAGUUAAAACGAGCCAAAAAAUUUGGACAUUGGUUUAUAGAUGACUCAAUGAAAUGUAAAAUGGAUCAAGUUGACAGAAUAGUUUACCGUGGGUUGUAUGUGUAA